AUGAUACAUCCUCCUUCGUCGAAGAAUCAUAAGUUUAUUCUGGUGGCAAUUGAUUAUUUCACUAAAUGGGUUGAAGCUGUUCCUUUAAAAGAGGUUGGGCAAAGUGAGGUGAUAGACUUCAUUGAGGAACAUAUAAUCUAUCGAUUCAAAAUUUCCCAAACUUUGAGUAUUGAUCAAGGAACUACAUUUACUGGCCAGCGAAUUAAGAAUUUUGCGACCUCAAGAAACAUUAACAUGGUUACUUCAAAUCCAUAUUAUGCACAAGCUAAUGGAGGUUCAACAGGUACUUCCCCUUAUAAAUUAGUGUACGGUCAUGAUGCAGUUUUGCCAAUAGAGAUUAAUCUUAACACGUUAAGAAUAUUAAAGCAAAACGAUUUACCAGACGAUGAUUAUUGGAAUGCGAUGUAUGAUGAGUUGGAUGAUUUGGACUCAGAACGUGUUUUAGCACUUGAAAAUAUGAUUCGACAGAAAAAAACAUUGCUCGAAGUUAUAAUUGUUGAAUAA